AUGUAUGAUGCAAGUACAGUUGCUAUUGUACGUAAAUGUUUUAGUGAAAGAAGUUCAUCUGAACUAUGUUUUUUACGUCCACAUAUUGCUCAUGAUCAUAUUUGCAUGUAUUAUGUUAAAUUAUCAUUUGCAGAAGAUUUACGUGAAUUUGAUUUUGAUAAUCUUGAUGCUAUUAAACGAAACCAACUAAAUGAUGAACAAUUAAAAACUAUUGAUAAUUUAAUCACAACUAUGAAUUUGACACAUGCUGAUUAA